UCAUUUCCUCCCCACGCGGCCCAAGCACACAGGCCAGCCUGCCGGCUUCCACCUUGGGCGCUGUCCUGCGUCGACGUUCGCACGCGCAAUCUCGCACACUCUUCCGCACCGCAUAUCGUCGUCGAGUCUGCUGUCGCGCCAGCAACCACCCUGACUGCCCGCCAUGAAGUUCGUAAGAAGAUCGGUGAAAGGGGAGAAGGACACUCGGCCGCACCACAUUUCCAUCCCCCCCAAGGAUGCCAUCGCCAUAGUACCGCCCAAGAAGGUCAUAAAGGCGCUCUACGACUACAGUGGCCCCCCCGACGCUGCCCCCAACGCCGGCUUCCUCAGCUUCUCCACGGGUGACUUCCUGCACGUCAUCGGCCGCGAAAACGACAAGGAGUGGUACGAGGCCUGCAACCCCCUACACGGCGCCCGUGGUCUGGUGCCCGUUACGUACUUUGACGAGGUGGGCAAAACAGUGCGCGACAGCGCUGGCUCUGCCAAAUCUACCCCUGCGAACCAGAACGCACCCCACGACUCGGGCUACCAGGAGCGCAGCAUCACCAGUCCAACGAGUACAGACGCCGGCGGAUCAGCAGGCAGGAUGUCACGGACAGGAGGCAUGGGCGGCAUGAGCGGUAUGGGAGCCAUGGGAGGCAUGAGUGGCAUGGCCGCCAUGAUGAAGGGAACGGGAGCUAUGGUUUACGGAAUCGUCAUGUACGAUUUCAAGGCAGAGCGACCGGACGAAUUGGAAGCAAAAGAGGGGGAGGCCAUCAUUGUCAUUGCACAGUCAAACCCAGAAUGGUUUGUCGCAAAACCCAUCACACGACUCGGUGGCCCCGGCCUCAUACCGGUCUCCUUUAUUGAGAUUAGGGACAUGACGACCGGAAAGGCCGUGACUGAUCCGCACGAAGCGGUGCGGCGGGCGGGCGUACCAAAGGUCGAAGAGUGGAAAAAGAUGGCCGCAGACUACAAGAACGGAAGCAUACCUCUAGGCAAACUUGAAGCCAAUUCUCAGCAAACUCUCCAACAAGGCAUGGAGCGAAUGAGCCUGAGCGGCAAGAGUCAGGCGGGCGGGGCAUCGAAUGGAGGCUAUGGGCAAGCCAGUUCGGUCUCGUCUCAUUCGCGCAGUGGCUCACUCGCACAGCAACCUCGCCAGGACCAACGCGCAUCCGGCUCGAAUCUCUGUGCACCGGUAAAAGCAUGCGUUCCUCGGUACUGUUUCGCCGACGACAUCUUCUGGUUCAUUAUUGAAUGCCAGAUGGAAGAUGGCCGCCAUUGGGAGCUGCAGCGACUGUACCAGGAUUUCUAUGAUCUGCAAAUCCAGCUGAUUGCGACAUACCCCCAGGAAGCUGGCACCACCGGGGGCGAGCGCACGCUGCCAUUUAUGCCUGGACCAGUGACUUAUGUCACCGACAAUAUCUCUAAUGGACGUCGUGCUAACCUAGAUGAAUACAUUAAAAACCUGUUGAGGUUAGGCCCGCACAUCACCCGCGGCCAUCUAGUCAAGGGCUUCUUCGCACCCAGGUCGGGAGAUUACGAAAUUGAUCCAGAACUGGUCGCGCAAGAAGAAUACCGUCUGUCGCAGACAUCAGGUCAAUCAUCGAACCCGUCGCAGGGCGCAUCGAGGCAGUCGUCUGCCGACCAGUUGCAGGCUACAACACCGCAGACUCCAUACUCUACAGGAUCCAAUUUCCCGAGCCACCAGCGAGGCAUGUCCAUGGGCAGCACCCAGGGCGGCUUGAACCCCCCACCGAUGCAACACCAACACACUGGGCUAUCAGCAACAUCUACGUCUACGAGCACCGGCGUUGGAUCAGCGUUGAAGAUUAAGGUCUGGUUCGAAGAAGACAACUGCGUUGUCAUCCGCAUGCCGCUGUCACUCAGAUACUCUGACCUAUACACCAAGUUGAAAGAACGGAGAGCAGUGGAACAUCCUUCAGAGAGGGACGAAGAAUUGAUCGUUGAAUACAGGGAUGAGAUGGAGGGUCAGUACUACCCCAUUGAAAACGACGAGGAUCUGCAAAUCGCGGUGGAGAGAAAUCCUAAGCUUUCGUUGUCAGUCAUGACCAAGAGGUAAGCAUUUUGUAUUUUUCAGCGAACAUUGGAUCUGCCAGGUGCCUUUUGUGUUCUGGAAAGCGGUUGGCUGGGAACUUUUGCAUCGUUUGAACUUUUGACUCUGCGAUGAGACAAUGCUGGGUAUGGAUUUAAGCUGGAGGGGGAGGGGAUG